AUGACCUUACAGAGAUGGAUGCUGGCUCUCUGCAUUUCACUGAUUUCAGUUUUUGGGACAGCUGACUCUGUGACAACUGAAACCCAAAAAUACACUUGCAGGACUUUCGGCAGUGGAGUCGUCCUGCCUUUCCAAGGUUCAGGAUUCUAUGUGCACUCCAAUUGUCCGUUCACUCUAACGCGGUUCGCCUACAACCGGGUUGAAUGUGACAUUUCUCUACGUCGAAGCAACGAUGGGCUGGUGGAGCAAGUCAGCAUCAUUAUUAAUAAAGUCAGGACAGUUCUGAUGAAUGGAAGCAUCCUGGUGGAGGAUAACAGUGUUUCCCUUCCAUACGAUCAAACCUACCAGCACAUUUUUCAGUACGGCAUCUACACUAAACUGAAGAGCGCAUUGCUGCCUCUGUCCAUAACCUGGCACAGUGUACCCGGAGGAAUAGACACUCUUUGGGUGGAGCUGGAGCGGGAGCUGAGCACUGAUAUGAGUGGACUGUGUGGAAAAUAUAACAUAACAGACAAUGAGCAGCAGCUGAUCAGAGAGAGCGUGCUUAUUGAUGACGCGUGUCAAACCAGAGAUCCCGUCUCUGCUCCCAAUCCAGUAUGCAGUCAAAUAUUUUCCUUCAUCUCGGAUUCUCUGGAUUCAAGGUGGCUUCAUUACCGCCAACUCUGUUACAAGAACAUUUACAGUUAUGAAAACAGCAAAGACAUCAGCUCUCAACCAACUUGCCCUGGAGACCUGGUUUAUGACGAAGAAGGUACGGCCUUUCUUCCUAGCUGCUCAAACCCUGCGCCCCAAAUCACCAGCCAGGAUAUCACCAGCUCCUGUGUCUGCCCAAAAGGCACGGUGCUUAAUGAUCACGUGGACGGCUACCAGUGCGUGAAUUUGACCAGCUGCCCCUGUGUGUUUGCUAAGAAGACCUAUUUAACUGGAGAGACACGUAGCACCAGGUGUCAGUCAUGCUUGUGUAAAGGUGGAAAGUGGCUUUGCUCUGAAAACUUCUGCCCAACAAGAUGUCUAAUUGAAGGGCAGUUUGUGACAACAUUUGAUGGCAAACAAUAUGCCCUCCCCAGUAAAUGUUCAUACUUAGCAUUUCAGGGUUUCAACUGGACGGUGGUAAUUCAGUUUGCUGAAAAGGAUGCAUCACUGAAAAAAAUUGUUCUCCGGGGUUUUCAGGAAACAUAUACAUUUACAGACAACAUGGUUACAUUUGGAGACCAAGCGAUUACUCAGUUUCAUAUGUCUGAUUAUGCCACGGUUUUCUGGCAGUCCUCCAUGUACGUGCAAGUUGAGACAUCCACUGAUAUUAAGAUCCAAGUCCAGAUGUCACCUCAAAUCCAGCUCUACAUCUCUGUUCCUAGAAAACACAAAAGCACCACCUCAGGCCUUUGUGGCAACAGCAACAGUGACAGCACAGACGACUUCACCAGCAGCAGCGGGAUCGUCGAGAACUCGGCUCAGCCUUUCGCUCUGUCCUGGAGUGUGGGCGCUUGUGCAGUGAACAUACCCACCACCUGCAUCAACACUCACAAUGAAAUGUUUGCUGAUGAAAAGUGUUCUGUGUUGAUCAACCCAACUGGAAUAUUUGCUAAGUGCCAUGGUUAUUUGCCACCGGAUCAAUACCACACAGCCUGUAUUCAAAGGACAUGUAACUGUGGCAGGAAUGUGCAAGGUUGCUUGUGCGUUGCAUUAGCCAGCUAUGCCAAAGCUUGCACCAGUUUGGGGGUUUUUGUUGGUGACUGGAGGGAAGCUACAAAAUGCACUCUGACAUGUCCAAAGAACCAAGAGUUUUCCUACAACAUAAGAGCUUGCAACAGCACAUGCCGCUCCCUGUCUGGACCUGAUUUUUUCUGUGAAGUGGAUGAUUUUCCUGUGGAGGGAUGUGGCUGCCCAGAGGGAACAUAUCUGAAUCAAGAUCAAACUUGCACCCCAAAGGCACAGUGUGUAUGCUAUCACAGUGGCGGUGUAACACCACCAGGUCCAGUUGUUAUUGAUGGCCGGAAGUGCCUCUGUGAGAAUGGAAAGCUGACCUGCUCUAAGGACUGUGACUGCAGAAAUGGGAAGGUUUGUGUGCACUGCUCAGAGAAACCGGUUAAGACAGCUCAGAAAAGCUGUGACAGUCUCAGCAAACCACUUUUUGCCAACAUGGCCUGCGAGAGUGGCUGUUACUGUCCAUAUAAUCAGUAUGAGGAUCACUAUGGAAACUGUGUAUCAAGGAACAAUUGCACCUGUGUGUACAGCGGAAAAGUCUACAGGGCGGGAGAGCAAGUAAACACCAACUGUAAAAAAUGUGUUUGUGGUCAGGGGCAGUGGGACUGCACAGAUGAGCCGUGUCCUGGGACGUGUCAGGUUUAUGGAAAUGGACAUUAUCAGACCUUUGACUCUAAAUGGUAUCGCUUUAGUGGACACUGUCAGUAUACACUUGUAGAGGAUUAUUGUGGGAAAACAAAAGGCACAUUUUCUGUCAGAGUGGAGAGUGUGCCCUGCUGUGAAGAGGCGCUCACCUGCUCUCGCUCCAUUGUCCUGGACCUGCAGGGCAAAGUCACCCUGACACUGAGCGACAUGAAGGUGACCAAACAACUGCAACAAGGCUGGGCUCUGCAGGAAAAUUCACUUUACACCAUUUACACUGUGGGACUCUAUAUCAUUGUGUCAGUGCCGAGCAGCGGGAUAACUCUCAUUUGGGAUAAACAUACACGGCUCACUAUAAAGCUACAUGAAAACUGGAGGAACAAGGUAUGCGGUCUCUGUGGGAAUUUUGACUCUAAUGAGAUGAACGACCUGCAGAUAAGAGGCUCAACAGUGGGGUCCAGCCCCAUGGUCUUUGGCAACAGCUGGAAGGCAUCCACUCCUCCCUGUUCUGAUGUGACCGCUGAUAUAUUUCCAUGUGACCGCAACUCCUACUGCUCAGCCUGGGCCCAGCGGCGCUGCAUGAUUAUUAAAGGAGACGCUUUCAGAGACUGUCACUUGAAAGUGGACCCAAAUCCCUACUACCAGGCCUGCCUGCUGGAGUCCUGCUCCUGUGAGUUUGAAGGGAAGUUCCUGGGCUUCUGCACGGCUGUGGCAGCUUAUGCAGAGGCCUGCAGUGACCAGGAUGUCUGCAUAAAGUGGAGAACACCUGAUCUGUGUCCGAUUUACUGUGACUACUACAACAAACCUGGUCAAAGUAUCUGGCACUAUGACACCUGUGGUAAGAUGAGAACCUGUGGCAAAGGAAUCCUCCGGUACAAGCUCGAAGGUUGUUACCCUCGAUGUUCAAAGGAGACACCAUACUACGAUGAGAAUACAGGUGAAUGCACCACAAUGAGGGACUGCUCUUGUUAUUUCAAUGGCACAAUUGUUCAACCAGGACAAGUGGUGAUAAUAAACAAUUUUGAGUGCUCCUGUGAAAAUGGAACAUUCAGUUGUUCACCUCCUCCACCUCCAACAACAAAAGAACCAGCUACAACUACUCUCAGAACAACUUCAACCACCAGAGAAACAACUAUAUAUUCGACUACAGCAACCACUACAAAUACCACAACUACCACUGAAAAUCAAUCAACAAUAUCCACAACUACCUCUACACCAAUUACUAUGCUUUCCUUAAGUACUAAACAAACAUGGUCAACAGGAUACACUCACACAUCUAAAUUAACGACUGAAGCUUCUUCAACUACAAAAAUAUGGUCGACAAUUAGCACAACAACCUCUGAACCAACAGGUAGACCUACUGCUACUGAAAUGUGGUCAACAAUACCUAUCACCACAACUACCUCUGCACCUACAACAGCUAAAUUAACCACUACUAAGAAAGAAUCAACAAUGGCGCCCACAACCAUUACAGAACCGACAAGAAUGACAUCAACUGGGUCAACAAUACAUAUCGCCACCUCUGCCACACCUGGUACACCAGCUACAGGUGGACCAUUGCCUACAACCAUUUUUAUACCAACAACCUCUACUGCUACAACAAUUUCUACUGAAAUACCACCAACAAUGCCAACUGCUACCUCUAAAGAAAAGAGUACAACUAGUUCCUCUACCACUGAAGAAGGGAGAACAAUUCGUACUACCACCUCUGCACCCACAACAUCUACAUCAACCAUUACUAAAACCGGAUCAACAGUGCCACCUCCAUUUUCUAUACAAACCACACUGGUGACAUCCACUGCUCCUCAAACAGGGUCAACAAUACAUAUCACCACCUCUGCCACACCUGGUACACCAGCUACACCUGGUACAGGUGGACCAUUGCCUACAACCGUUUUUAUACCAACAACAUCUACUGCUACAACAAUUUCUACUGAAAUACCACCAACAAUGCCAACUGCUACCUCUAAAGAAAAGAGUACAACUAGUUCAUCUACCACUGAAGAAGGGAGAACAAUUCGUACUACCACCUCUGCACCCACAACAGCUACAUCAACCACUGCUAAAACAGUAUCAAUAAUGCCACCCACAACCUCUAAACAAACCACACUGGUGACAUCCACUGGUCCUCAAACAGGGUCAACAAUACAUAUCGCCACCUCUGCCACACCUGGUACACCAGCUACACCUGGUACAGGUGGACCAUUGCCUACAACCGUUUUUAUACCAACAACCUCUACUGCUACAACAAUUUCUACUGAAAUACCACCAACAAUGCCAACUGCUACCUCUAAAGAAAAGAGUACAACUAGUUCAUCUACCACUGAAGAAGGGAGAACAAUUCGUACUACCACCUCUGCACCCACAACAGCUACAUCAACCACUGCUAAAACAGGAUCAACAAUGCCACCCACAACCUCUAUACAAACCACACUGGUGACAUCCACUGGUCCUGAAACAGGGUCAACAAUACAUUUCGCCACCUCUGCCACACCUGGUACACCAGCUACACCUGGUACAGGUGGACCAUUGCCUACAACCGUUUUUAUACCAACAACAUCUACUGCUACAACAAUUUCUACUGAAAUACCACCAACAAUGCCAACUGCUACCUCUAAAGAAAAGAGUACAACUAGUUCCUCUACCACUGAAGAAGGGAGAACAAUUCGUACUACUACCACAAGGGCUCAAUUCACCACUGCUAACAUGGGAUCAACAAUUCCAUCUACUGCCUUUAUACAAUCAAGUGCAGGUACAUCAAGGACUACCAGCACACGGUCAACAAUUUCACCUCCCGCCACAACCCACAUAAUAAUUGUGACAUCAUCUACUACUUCUGCACCAGCGAUCACCCCUGUUACUGGUGGACUAAUUUCAACCUUUACACCAACAACAAUUACCGCUACUACAAUAUCUACUGAAACACUGUCAAGAAUGCCCACUGCCACCUCUACAGUACAAAGUACAACUAAUAACUCUUUUACUGAAACAUGGCCAGCAAUCCCUACUACUGCCUCUGCAUCAACAAUACAAUCUACAGUACCUGUCACCACAGUUACACCAGCCAAUACUGCUACUACAGGCAGAAUUCUUUCAACAUUGCCUCAAAUGACUACUAAACUAGAUAAUAUUGUCACUACCAUGAGUACAUUUUCAACAUUGCCAAUAACCACUUCUACUCCAACAAUUUCAUCAACUUUCUCCAGCAGUCACAUGUGGUCAACAAAAACCACCACUACCUUUACACCAACUAAUGUUGCCACUUUUACUACUCCUGAAACAUGGUCAACAAUUUCCACCUCCUCUUCCACACAUUUGACGACAGUUACCAAUUACUCAACAACCACUAAACACGUGCCUUCUAGCACCCCUAUCGAAACAACUCCCUCAUCUGUUACCCUAAGUACAAUAAAUCCUACAAAAGCUAAUCAAACAAUCCCCACUAGCCAGCCACAUACCACAUUAUCUCCAUCAAGUUCCACUUAUUCGGUGACAAGUGCAUCAACACAUUUUACAAAAGCAACAAAAGGCACUGUACCCACCACAGAAAACAUGGUCACGUCACAGUCAUCUACAUCUAAAUCUACUACAACUGUGCUGGGCACAGGAUCAACUCAAACACCACUCUCCACAUCCCAGGUGUGUGAGUGUAUAGACCUGAAGAAUAAAAAACGCUGGGCUUGUGGUGAGACAUGGACAGAAAACUGCUUCUAUAAGAACUGUACCAAUGGGAAGAUUGUUUUGACGCCAGUGGCUUGUCCAAAGCCUAUAAUUCCCACCUGUCCCAGAGGUCGUGCCACAAAGGUCUCUGAUGGAUGCUGUGAGACAUGGAAGUGUGACUGUAACUGUGAGCUGUAUGGGGAAAAACACUAUAUAUCUUUCCAAGGAGUAGCAUUUGAUUUCCUUGAUCAAUGCACAUACAUCCUGGCUGAGGAGCAGUCACCAAAUCAUAAUCUGACUAUUGCUCUUGACAACUUCUGUGUGCCGGGCAUCAAUGUCUCCUGUACUCGAACCAUCAUCCUGAGAUAUCACAACAAUGUAGCCACACUGAGUAUCGUCCCACUGUUUGCAGUACAGGCUACUCUGAACAAUGUGAUCAUACAGCCACCAUAUGAAGAGAAUGGGUUGAGGUUUGAGUCCAGCGGGUACAAAAUGAUCAUCUAUCUUCCAGAGAUCCGCUCUUUCAUCUCCCUCACGCCUUAUUACACGCUGGUGGUGAACCUGGCCAUGGAGCACUUUGCCAACAAUACCCAAGGGCAAUGUGGUGUAUGUGGUGGAGCAUCAUGUAUGCGUAAAGGAGGACAGACUGAGAAUGACAGUUGCUGUGAUAAAACUUCCUAUGACUGGGCGUAUGCAGAUCCUCUGAAGCCUGCCUGUAAUUCUGCACCAAAGGAUAUACCCUGUCAUUCUCAGCCAACUCCAGUACCUACUAAUACACCUGUUCCCACCACUGUCUGCCCUCCAAACCCAUUAUGUGACCUGCUACUCCACCCACUCUUUAAAACUUGCAGCAAGUAUGUUAAUCUAACCCUUCAAAAGAAGAACUGUGACUUUGAUUCCUGCCUGAAUCCAAAUGGUUCUUGCUAUAUUCUGGAGCAAGCUGCUGAAGAAUGUAAAAAUGCAGGUUUCUGUGUUAACUGGAGAGGACUGACUAAUGGAACCUGUGAUAUCUCGUGUCCACCGGGGCUGGUCUACAGACAGUGUCACAACAAGCAGGAUGACUUCUGUCGUGGAGGAGUGCGUUAUCCAGGGGCCACCCUUGAAAAAAGCACUGCAGGUUGUUUCUGUCCCAACAACAUGUCUAGAGCUGGACCUUACUCAGACAUCUGUGUAUCUGACUGUGCCUACUGCAAAGGACCAAGUGGAGAGCCUAAAUUUCCUGGUGAAGUGUGGCAGUCCAACUGCAACCUGUGCACAUGUAACAACCAGACUCGGACUGAAGAGUGUCUUCCAAACCCUACUGAACCACCUCCUCUCUGUGGCCCCACUGAGGUUUUGGUGAAUACCUCCUGUUGUGGUCAUCAGAUGUGUGUUCAGAAGACGUGCAUUUAUCAUGGACGGACAUAUAAGUUGGGAGACAAGUGGAACGAUGCUGCCCGUCCCUGUGUGUCAUUUAGCUGCAGCAAAGAAGGCAUUCAGACUGAGACUAAAGUCUGUCUCAACCAAAGCUGCCCUGAGAGGGCUAGAAUUUGGGAUGACCAACGCUGCUGUUAUACAUGUACCCGGAGAUGUGCUCCCGUGAUGUCCAGAAUCAACAUCACCAUUGACAAAUGUACAACUGUCAUAAGGAUGCCCGUGUGUCAGGGGCAUUGCACAUCUCAGCCAAAGGUGGUGUUACAAGGCAACAUGCUAAUGCAGCAGAGUGCAUGCUGUCUGGAGCAGAGCUCAGAGACGAGACCCGUGAUUCUGUAUUGCCAGGACCGCUCUACCAAGCGAUACUCCUAUAAGCAUAUCACCAGCUGUGGGUGCAAGCCUAUAACACAACCUGAGAAGUGUGUUGAAUAAAAAAGCUGAGAAUGAAACAGUUCAUCUUUAGUUAAUCCAUCAGAUUUACAAAUUAAAAUCUGUUGUAUUUUAAAUGAUUGAUUAGUAUAUAUAUAUAUAUAUAUAUAUAUAUAUAUAUACAUAUAUAUAUAUGAAUGAUUAAUCUAAAUGAUUUUGUCCUUAAUGUAAUGCUGA